AUUAAGCAUACGGUUUUGGUGUUGGGAGUUGCUGUUUUGUUUCUUUUCCUAUUGUCCUUCUUCGAAUGCCCAGAAGAAGAAUAUAUUAAAAAAAUAAAAAAUACAAUCAAACAUGGUGCUGAUGAUUUCAUCUCAAUACAUUCUUUGAACCCCUUCAACUUCAAAUCUUUUCAGUUUCACACUCUCAACUCACAAAGUACUGAUUUUUGGGCUGCUUUUAAGGUUCUGAUUCUGGUCAUUUCCUUGCCAAGUUUUGGCUUGGUGUUAUCAUUUUUGGGGUUGGAAUUUGUUAUCUUGAAAUGACUGUUUCCAGUGAAUGUUGUUGAAUGGGGAUUCAGACAAUGGGGUCUCAAGGUGAUGGUAGUAAUAGUGGUAAACAGACUCAGUUUCAACCGUUGGUUCGGCAAAAUUCGAUGUACAGUCUCACACUUGAUGAGGUCCAAAAUCAGUUGGGUGAUUUGGGAAAGCCACUUACCAGUAUGAACCUUGAUGAACUUCUGAAGAAUGUUUGGACAGUUGAGGCUAACCAGUCUAUGAGUGUGGAAAUGGAGGGUGCUGCAUCAGCCAAUCAAACUGCUCUGCAACAUCAGGCGAGUCUGUCGUUAACUGGUGCUCUAAGUAAGAAGACAGUUGACGAGGUUUGGAGAGACAUUCAGCAGAACAAAAAUAGUGGGGAAAGGAAGUCUAGAGAACGGCAGCCUACUCUAGGGGAGAUGACUUUGGAGGAUUUCUUGGUGAAAGCAGGAGUUGUAGCUGAGGCAUCUACGGACAAAAAAACCGGUGGUCCUGUUGGCAUUGAUCAAAAUUUAACGCCACAAUUUCCCCAAGGUCAAUGGAUGCAGUACCAACAUCCACAAUAUCAGCAGUCACAACAAAGUAUGAUGGGAGUUUACAUGUCCGGCCAGCCUAUACCACAGCCACUGCACAUGGGGUCAGGAGCUAUAAUGGAUGUUUCGUUCUCUGAUAACCAGGUGUCCUUAACUUCACCUUCAAUGGGAACAUUAUCAGAUAUACAGACUCUUGGGAGGAAAAGAGGCACUCCUGAAGAAAUAAUUGAGAAGACUGUUGAGAGGCGGCAAAAGAGGAUGAUAAAGAAUCGGGAGUCUGCUGCACGUUCACGAGCAAGAAAGCAGGCAUACACUAACGAGCUGGAGAACAAAGUUUCUCGUUUGGAAGAGGAAAAUGAAAGGCUGAGGAAAUGGAAGGAGCUUGAGCAGCUGUUGCCAUCUGCUAUGCCACCCGAGCCAAAGUAUCAGCUUCGCAGAACGACAUCAGCCUCAUUCUAACAUCUUCUACUCUGUGGGAUAGUUUUGUAGAUAUGACGUGUCUCAAGUUGUCUUGUUUAGUUAAAGCUAAGCGAGUUAUGUCUGAAUGUUGUAAAGCUGCAAUCUGUUGCUUCUGGCAUUGAUGGUUUGCCUCUAUGAGGUUUUUCUUGUCACAACGUAUCUGUGAUAUCAGUUGCAUUAUAAUUUUCACCAUUAAGUCUUUUUAGAUUUGUUCAAAACAACAAUGUAGUUGAGUUCUUACAAAUGUUCAGUAUAUAGUUUGUCUAUUUCACUGUUA